AUGGGUUCGAAUGAAAAGCCCUGUCGAAACUGCGAAGCGCUCAGAGCGCAACUUGAACAAAAAGAAGCUAUCGUAGACAAAUAUCAAAAAAUAGUUCAGUCUCAAAACGAACUUCUUCAGGAUUUGACACAGAAAAGUCCAUUUGCAUCAGGAUCAUCACGUAAACAAAGCGAAAAUUUUGGCCACUUUGGAACAUCUUCGUCUUUUGAUUUAAAUAGUAAGGUUACAGCGCCUAAAACCCGUGGAAAACAAGAUGGGAUUGACAAAGAAACGUUAAAGAAAUGUCUCGAAGACGCCUUUGGUGCCGUUGAAAAUAUCGAUAUGAUACCUUCUAAAGCUUGUGCAUUUGCCGACUUCGCCACACAAACCGCGUAUCAUGCUGCGGUAAGCGAAGGACCAAAACUAAUUAAAAGUUUUUGUUCUACAAGAACAUUAAACAAUUCUAAACAACCUCAACCAAUCGAUUCUGAAAAAUUUAAUUCGCUUUCAAAAAAUAAAAAAAAACUCGUCUUGAAACAUUCUUUACAUCAUUCCAUAACUCUUUCCCAAUUUUCUUCUUUUUAUUCCUCACAAUAUGGACAGGACCGUUGGCAAACACUGUUUCAAUCUUUACAAAAUCCUACCAAAUAUUGUGCACUUGUCAACAAAUUUGCCUCUCCCAAGCACAUCCAAUCAUUUUUAUCAUCAACUCCUGUCCUUGAACAGGUUUCAUUUCUUGAUUUGCCUUGCUAUAUUUCUUCUGAAAGGUUUAAACAACCUGAAAAGGAUGAAAAUGGGAUAAUGAACUAUUAUUUAUUAGAUGCUGCAAGUAUUAUGGUAGUUAAAGCACUUGACUUAAAUAUUACCGAUGUUGUAUUAGAUUUAUGUGCUGCUCCUGGUGGAAAAAGUCUUGUCAUCCUCCAAUAUUUAUUAUCUUCCAUUAUUCAUGACGAUAAUAAUAUGGAUUAUGGAUUCUUAACAGCAAAUGAUCUAUCUCCUAAUAGAUGCAGGCUUGAUGCUCCGUGUUCUGCUGAACGCCAUUUAUUACAUUCUCCUAGUGAAUUUUUAAAAUGGAAACCGUCCAGAUCUAAAAUUAUGUCUCAAAAACAAUACAAAAUGCUAUUAGAUGCCGUUAAAGGUAUACAUGUUGGUGGCUUAUUGGUUUAUGUUACUUGUUCUAUAAAUAAGUUUGAAAAUGAAGAAGUUGUAAAGAAAAUAUUAAGGAACAGUUGGGUACCUUUGGAAGAAGUUAAAAGAGAGUGGGUGAUAGGAGAACCAUGUGAGAAAGGGUGGAUUGUCUUACCAGAUAAAUGUGAUGGUUGGGGUCCCUUGUAUUUUGCAAUUUUGAGAAGGGUCGGAGAAGGUGAAUUUCGAAAGAAAGAGAGAAAAAGGUUCAAAAGAUUUAAUGUUGAUAAAAAUAUAGCAAAGAGGGCUACGAUGAAUGAAUUUUAA